AUGGAGAAUCCACCACCUCCUUGGGUAGAGCAAGUGAAAUUACUAGAUAGGUUCAGCACGAGCAAUAAGUCAGUGACGGGGACUCUGUACCUUACAGCAACUCAUCUGUUAUUCAUUGAUUCAAGCCAGAAAGAGACAUGGAUACUGCAUCAUCACAUUGCUGCAGUGGAAAAGCUUCCCUUGACUACUUCUGGCUGCCCCCUUGUCAUCCAGUGCAAGAACUUCAGGAUAGUUCACUUUGUUGUUCCCAGGGAGAGAGAUUGUCAUGACAUUUAUAACUCUUUGCUUCAGCUGUCAAAAACAGCAAAAUAUGAAGAACUUUAUGCCUUUUCCUAUAAUCCAAAACAAAAUGAAUCUGAGCAAGUCAAAGGCUGGCAGCUUAUUGAUCUAGCAGAAGAGUAUAAGAGAAUGGGAGUGCCAAAUGCUUACUGGCAGUUGUCAGAUGCAAAUCGUGAUUAUAAGAUUUGUGAAACCUAUCCUAAAGAACUUUAUGUUCCCAGAACUGCAAGCAAGCCCAUAAUUGUUGGUAGCUCCAAGUUCAGAAGCAAAGGAAGAUUCCCAGUGUUAUCAUAUUAUCAUAAAAAUAAAGAGGCUGCAAUUUGCAGAUGCAGUCAACCUCUCUCAGGUUUCAGUGCCAGGUGCCUGGAAGAUGAACACAUGUUGCAAGCCAUCAGUAAAGCAAAUCCUUCAAAUCGCUACAUGUAUGUCAUGGAUACCAGGCCAAAGCUUAAUGCAAUGGCGAACAGAGCUGCUGGGAAGGGCUAUGAGAAUGAAGACAACUACUCUAACAUUAGGUUUCAGUUUGUUGGCAUUGAAAAUAUUCAUGUGAUGAGAUCCAGCUUACAAAAACUUCUGGAAGUCAGUGGCACAAGGGGUUUGUCUGUCAAUGACUUCCUCUCUGGUUUGGAGAAUUCUGGAUGGCUGCGUCACAUCAAAGCUGUGGUGGAUGCUGCUGUCUUCCUAGUCAAGGCAAUAGCGGUGGAGAGCGCAAGUGUAUUAGUGCACUGCUCAGAUGGCUGGGAUAGGACUUCCCAAGUUUGCUCUCUUGGAGCUCUCUUACUAGAUUCCUAUUACAGAACAAUCAAAGGAUUCAUGGUCUUGAUAGAGAAAGACUGGAUCUCUUUUGGGCACAAGUUCUCUGACAGAUGUUGUCAGUUGGAUGGUGAUCCAAAAGAGAUCUCACCGGUGUUCACCCAGUUUUUAGAAUGUGUGUGGAAUCUGACUGAGCAGUUUCCACAAGCCUUUGAGUACAAUGAAGUUUUCCUCCUUCAAAUCCAUGAACAUGUCCAUUCAUGCCAGUUUGGUAACUUCCUUGGAAACUGUGAAAAAGAACGAGAAGAAUUAAAAGUAAAAGAGAAGACCUACUCCUUGUGGCCAUUCCUUUUGGCAGAACAAAAGAAAUAUCGGAAUCCUCUAUAUAAUCCAGACUUUUUGCCAGAAUUAACUCUUUUGGAGCCUAAUACAGUAUCAUUCAAUUUUAAGUUUUGGAGAAAUAUGUACCAUCAGUUUGACCGAAGUAUGCAUCCCAGGCAAUCUGUGCUCAAUCUUAUAAUGAAUUUGAGUGAGCAAAAUAAACAACUGGAAGAAGACAUUAAAGAACUGGAAGCUAAAAUAAAGCAGAGAAACGGGCAGUCAGAUGUUGUCCUUGUGAAGGAACAUCAGCAGCCUGCUCAUCCUGCCCCCGUGGCACUGAAGACCCCUCCAUGCUUCAAGAAGGAGCAACCGCCUAUCCCUGGGAAUGAUACUGUGAGAACUAUAGAGGGCAGCAACACAGCAGACAAUCGUUACAGUGAGCUUGUGUCCGAGUUCUCCAAAGCUGAGCCUGCUGUGGUCAGCUUGGAGUACGGAGUGGCCAGGAUGACCUGCUAAUUAAAAUCUGGCACUGUGCUCUUCUUGACUGAUUUAAUGGAGAGAUGGAUUAUUUUGAGGAUGGGUCUCUGCUGCAUGACCAAAACAUGAUUUGUAUAUCAGCAAGUUUUGUUAAUGUAGACUAGAACAGCAUGCUAGUUGUCACGUGUUUGCUGUUCUUUCAAGGGAAAAAAAAAGGUCUAGUUGUCUCUCUAAAAGAAACGGGCAUUUGGUAAGUAGCGACUAAAAGUCAAGGAAUGGUAUGUCUUUGGACUUAGGUCAGUUUGCACUAAAUUGAUUAAAAUAGUAAUGUUACUUUAUUCAUUAUAGGAAAUCACAGGUGGUCUUUCACAAACUGUUUCGAUUUAGACAAGAAAACUUGAACUUUUUAUUUUAAGGACUGAAGCUCCAUGUAUAUAUCGCAUUAGAUAUGAAUACGUAUACCCUUGUUUAAUGUCAUCCAGUACUAACUUUCAGUGUAUUAAGUGCCAUGGAAAAGUAUGAUACAUUUCAAAUCAUAAUUGUUGGCCUUAAACCUGUCAGAUCAAUUAUAUUGUUCUUUACUAAUGCAGUCUACCUGGCUCUGUUUACAUUGUAUUUGCUCAAAUUUUUAUAUCCUUUAAAGAGGACUGAAUAUAAGGAAUGAAGCAUGCCUAAACUGGCACAGCCUUUCAGCAAAUAGCUAUAUGAAUGUUAACUUACCACUUAAGACUGUUUUUUCUUCCAUUUCCCUUGUUUAAAAUAUAAUAUAUUGCCCUGAUUUUCCUCUCUGGCAGCUCAGUAGAUGGAGCAUCAUGGAAACUACAGGUUGUUUGACCUUAAAUGUUUUCAUUUGGGAACAAGGUUUUUAAGUAGAAUAAGACAUGUCACAUACGAAAACACAACUUAGCCAAUAACUGAGUAGUCAGGUUCUUUUAGAUUGUUUACUGUGUGCUGUGCAGUUGUUCAAGUUGCAGGGCUGCAAGCAGAACUUCCAGAAAUGUAAUCUACCGAUACUCUUCCCAAGUGG